CUUUCCAUGAGUAAAAGCUGAUCUGUUCUCUCGUCGAUGAACUAAAUAAGAACCGAUUGUGGAAUCUGUGAUCCUUUACCGUAUUCGGAACGAGAGCCAUAUUUAGUGUAAACAUUAGCACUGGUCUGGGAUCAGAUUGUGGGUGCUCAGUGAGUCGUAGCUCUUCAUAAUGAAAACUAGAAAUACAGGCGACAUGUACGUAUCCACAAUUCGGUUCGUUUUGCACGUUAUAAUGUCUGACCGAAGUUUAGUUACUACGAUGUUUCUGUUAGCUGUUGCUGUGCUUUGUCUAACUUUGGAUUUCCGUUAAUCAGAAUAUCUUUAGCCAUAACGUAAUAUAGUAGCAUACUUUGCAGACUUAGGAUCUGAAUCAGAAUUUGAAAAAUCCGCCUCAUGCUUGUGCCAUUUCCUCAGUCGUCACUUGGUUCUAGCUCAGUUCUAGCUGAGAAACAAGUUGCUUAUAGUUUGGUAAAAUAAUAAUAAAAAAAGAUGUUAUAAUAACAUUUUUGCAGAAAGGUUGUGAUAAUACCAACUUAGUUGACUAUAAAAGUAAAGUAUGGUUCUACUACAAACUUCUACAAGUUAAAUCGCCGUACAUCCUCAUCAAUGGGUGGAUUACACGAGUACGACGAAACUUAAUAGUGGCCUCCGUAAAUGCCAUACAUAGGCCUAUAGCAUGUAUGGAGCUGCUUGAUUAUGGAGAAAAAAAAAUCAUAAUCGCGAUUAUUCUAACCUAUAUUGAGAUCUUGAUGAUUUGAUUACAUUGAAAUUAAAUUGAAACCAAAAUACAACUUUAAUAAGAUAUCAUAUGUUGAUCUUGUAAAAAUAUAUUAAAAUUAAAAAAAUAAAUUAUACUGAAAUGAAUUGUUCUCUGAGGUUCAGAAACACUGAACUUGAUUUCCCUCCACCCCCCGCCACCCCCCAACUAUACAUAUUACAGUCAACUGAUAUAAAAAAAGUUCGAUCUGGAUUUAUUGCGCAAAAUAAAAGAUUUUAUUUCCUUACAAGAUACAAAGGUUAGGUCUCGAUUAGCAUUUUUUUAUAUGAUCGUGGGAAGCCGUAAUUGUAAUCGUGAUUCAAUUUCGAUUAAUUGCACAGCUCUAAGCGUAUAUAUGGAUAUCAAUAAAUAACAUAGCCUAUUAACAUAUGGCGGUGGGUAGAAGCUGUUCUUUAGUCUGGCUGAUGGGCCGCAUAUUGUCCAUUAUUUUUUACCUGAAUGCAAAAGGUUGAAUAUACUAUAUCCAGUUGGGUUGCAGGUGAUCUUGAAGGCACUCUGUAACAGCAGUUGUUGUAGAGGCUCUUGAUGUCUGGUAGUCCAAUGAUAUGUCAGCUGUUUUGACGAUGCAUUGCAGGAACUAAUAAUAGACUUUAGACACUUUUAAUAAUAGACCACCCAUAAUAAUUUUAGUAUUAAUAAUAGGCCACCCAGCCAGUUUCUGUGCCUCAUACAUAUAUGCUAUCUCGUCAUUGUUGGAUAUUUGCCAUAUCACAGUUAGGGUUUCUGCACAUUUUAUGAUAGUGUUUGAGGCUGAGGUGGGAUUCCAGUCACAAGUGAGGAGUGCAUAGAGCGGCAGACCCAGCACAGAGCCCUGCAGAGCUCCUCGGUUGGUGCCCAGUUUAACAAUUUGGGGUCCGUUGAUUAAAAAAGUCCAGAACCCAAUUGCAAAAUGGGGCAUUUUGGUUGAGGUGGCGGAGUUUAGGUCAUGGCUGUUUGGAAAUUAUGGUGUUGAGUGCUGAGCUGAAGUUGCCAAACUGCAUUCUCAUGUAAGUGUUUUGGUAAAUUGUGCAAUGAUGGUGGUGAAAUGCAACUUUUCUACAACCCAGCUGGCAAAAAACAGUUCAGUCACAGUGUUUUAUUAUCAGCUGUAGCUUUUAUUUGCAACUAAAUAUGAGUUUUUGAAUAACUAAGUUUCUUUUUUCAUCUUGCAAACUGCAUUUUUACUAUAUUUGGUUACGACAAAACAACAGUGAAGAGUUUGGAAUAGCAAGUCAGUUUUUUUUUUUAGUGAAAUAUAUAUGUAUGUGUACUGCUUGUAUAUAAAACAUUGACCUUUUACUUGGUCCCUUUCAUGAGAUCAGCACACAUGUUGUUUCUGAGCCUCAAAAAGCGGCUUUUUUCACUUAAUUGGGAAGAAAGUACAAAAAAAGUGUUGUUAAUCAACGGGGGGCGUAGCAGUUACUAGGCCUUGUACCUACUAAAGAAAUCACUGAAACUGCGGACUAAUCUCAUUCACCUUUAAUCCAUGUUUUUCAUCACAAUAGUUCCUGACGUAGCUGAAGUGUACCCUAAAGCGUGCAAACUGUUUUGGGGGACUUUUUAGAGAAUUUCUCCUUUGUCUUGCAAGGUGAAGUGAAAGCAAAACACUGGUCAGGUUUGCUGGCCACAUUACACCAGAUCUUUUCUUAUAUUGAUGUAUUCAAGUAUUGCUCUGAUCACAUAAAUGGAAUGACAUUGAUUGGGCUCUUCUGACAGCUGGAAAGACUGGAAAACUGCACUAGAAGUGUUUAGUGUAGACAGAUAACAAUGCAAAUUUACACCUUGUUUUAUUCCAUGAUAUUCUGAGGACAUUUGUUUCAAAAUUAAAACAGGUAUUUCAGGGUCAUUUCUGUGUAUAAUCAGUACUGUGCAAAAGUCUUAGGCAGUCAAAGAAAACGUUUAAAUCUAUUUAUCUGCAUAGGAAGUGAAUAUUUGCUAGGAAAAAUAACAAAACACAAAUUGACAUAGUUACAUAUGCAAAUGGGGAGUAACAUGAUAAACGGUAACAAUAAAACAACAAUAAAAAUUCUUCUGUUCUCCAGAAAGUAACUGCGUUAUUGGAAGCCUAGAAGAAAACUACUUUUCUCACCAAUGUUCACGCUCCUCACAGGCACCUCAGCCAAUGAAUUUCACCACCAACUCCAUUAAUUACGUACUUAACAUAACUUGAUGACUUACUGACUGGUCAAACAUGGUAUGUUAGUGAUUGAGUCAGCAAAUACAAGUAUAUUGGACUGUUAUGGCAAAUAUUGGACUGACUUUAAGAGAAGCUGCAUCUUUAUUCUGUAGUCAUGCAGUUCUGCUAAAGUCUUACAUCCCUACACUUGGUAAAAAUGUUGAAACGGAAGCAAUGUCAUAUUAAUCAAAAAUAGAAAUAGUCAUGUAUAUUCAUAGGUUAAUGAGGAAACUGCAUUCUACAUGGUCUUUCUCAUGGAUGGAUGAAUGAAUAUGUUGCAAAAACCUUGCUAACGUUAGUGUCGCAGUUUCUUAACAGUAUGUGACCACAGUCUGUAUAUUUCCUCAUUUUUGAACAUCACUUUUCUUGUCACAAAGUGCUGUGUCAAUUGCGGAUUUGAAUGUUGCUCUGCCUAAGUCCCUGGGAAGAACAGUGUAGCACGCAAACCGGCUCCUGGGUCAGAGUGCAAUCAUGGUGGUGAUCCGGUCACCUCUUGUUUUACACAUCCUCUGCCAGCUGUUGUCCUGCAGCUGCAUUGUGUGGGGUUUCCCUGGAACUCGCACGGAGAGCCGUGCCACUGUCGAUCCCAGUUUUGACGCCCGGCCUUUCACUGUGGUGUGGAACAUGCCCACAGCCAAUUGCCAGAAGAAGUAUGGGGUCCAUCUGAACCUGAGUGCCUUUGACAUCAUUGCGAACCAUCAUGAGAAAUUUCAGGGCCAGAACAUGACUGUUUUCUACUACAAUAAAUUAGGGUUAUACCCCUAUAUAUCUAAAGAGGGAGACCAGGUGAAUGGUGGUGUCCCACAGCAGAGUAAUUUGCAAGCACACCUCAGCAAGGCCAAGGCUGAGAUUGAGUACCUGCUUAAGCCAGGCUUCCAUGGACUAGCUGUAAUUGAUUGGGAGAAGUGGCACCCCCUUUGGGUACGUAAUUUCGGUGCAAAGAAAAAGUAUAAGCUGCUCUCUGAAGAGCUUGUUAUGGAGGAGCAUCCAGAUAUUUCCAGGCAGGAGGCGCUAUUUUUGGCCUGCCGAGAGUUUGAGAGGAGUGCAAUGCAGUUCAUGUCUGGUACCCUUCAGCUUGGUGCUGACACACGGCCUUCUGGGCUCUGGGGUUUCUAUGGAUUCCCUGCCUGCUACAACUACCACAAAGGGCAGAACAGCCUCAACUACACAGGACACUGCCACCCGAAGGCCGUGGAGUGGAACAGCCGCCUGCACUGGCUGUGGAACCACUCCUCUGCCCUGUACCCAAGCAUCUACCUCCCUCUCCGGCUGGCUGGGUCACCAGGUGCCGCCCUCAUGGUUCGCUAUCGAAUCCUGGAAGCCCUAAGGGUAGCAUCACAUGAUUCCGUGUCACCAAAAGCCAAACCUGUGCUGCCCUAUGCUAGGGUGGCAUUUUGUCACACCCUUCAGUUCCUGAACAAGAUAGACCUGGACCACACACUGGGAGAAGCUGCGGCCCUAGGGGCAGCAGGGGUGGUGCUAUGGGGAGAGCUACGAUUUGCCAAAUCAAAGCACCAGUGCCAGCUCCUGAAGAAUUACGUGGACCACGUUCUGGGGAAGUUUGUGCAGAGCUUAAAACAUGCGGCUUGGCACUGCAGUGAUAGGCUCUGCAGUGGGAAAGGUCGUUGCACCCGACGAGACCCCCUGUCGGGACACACCCUGCACCAACCUGAUGCCCACCCAUCCAGCGUGUCUGGGAGGCUGCCAGCCAGUAGCACCCAGCUUGGCUUGGCCUUCCGAUGUGUGUGCUACCAGGGCUGGACUGGGGAACAGUGUCAGCAAAGGGUUCUUUAAAAGACAUUCUUAGGCAGGCUGAUAGAAAAGCAUUUGUAUUUUAGAUCUGGAACUCUGGCACAUGUAUACUGUUCCAAAUAUAUUCUAUUCAUAUACUUUCAAAUUAUUUACGCUGUAUCAAGAAUACUUAAAAAUACAUCCAAAAUUUAAAGCCAAAUGUAAAAUACUUCAGUGAGUUAUGUUUGUGUACAUAUUGAUUAAUUAAAGCCUGACAAUUUGCAUUUAUUUAAUCUGCAAUUAACUCGCAUAAGUACAUUAAUAUACUGAUACAACCUUUUCCAAAAUGUAUCAUAACAGGGUAACUGAUGUAAAUGCUUGAGAUUCUUCUUCAGUGAUGGAGAUUGUAUGUUCUAGCCCCAAGUCCGACCCCCAGAAGUUCCAGAGGUUAAUGCGCCUGCUUUUCACUGCUGGAGGUCAGGUUGCUGUGCAGCUCCUCGAUAAGUCGAGAAAUCUUCAAGGUAAUCUCCUGCCUCUCCCUCAUCCCCUGGAAGAGUGCCUGCAGGACACUGCCCUGCUGGACUGGGGAAGGAAGAAGGUGUAGUUCAAAUAUCUGAGUGGGGAUCAUGUGCAUCUUGGUGCCCGUAUCAGACAUUACACAAAGCCGAAUGUUGUAGCGCAUGCUUCUCAAAUCUUAUUAGAGGUUUAGUACAAAAUGCUUUCACUUCAUUCUCUGGGGUUGGCAAUGACAGUUGGGUCCUGUUUACACUUGGUUUUUAAAUGUGUCUUGGGAAAUCAGAUCUCAGGUAGACGGCUGAGGCACGUCGCCAUUUAUGCCUGUGUCUACCCAGCAUCUCCAAAGUCCAGCUGACCUGCAUUCGGGUUUUGUUGUUACUUGGCACAGUCAUUGUGACGUCCUGGCUGGGGACACGUCAGGGAGCUUUAGCAUUUACUCUACAAACGAUAUGUGGGAAAAUGUGUCCUAGACCACCUCAGCAAAUGGUCUGAGUGAUCAGAUCGCAGUGCGUCUUGGUGAUCACUUACCCUUGCAUUUAGCACUGUCUAUUUGCCAUCCGAUUGCCCAAGAUGCAUUUUAAAACCAAGUGUGAACGAGGCCUUAGUUACAGCUUCCUUUGAAUGCUACCCCACCACCAUAUAAUCCUGUUCAGUAGAAUGUUAUUAGCAAAUAGUAAAAAAGUAAAUAGGAUAACUCAUGAUGAUGCAAGGAUUCAAACAAAGGUAUUCUUACCUAAGAAGCAAAAAAUUAUUCCAAUUGUCACCAACAGCAAAACUAUUGCCAUGCAUGCACACGAGUAUCGAGAAUCUGUAGCUGGGAAGAG